AGUACUCUGGGUAGUGUAGUUCUCUCGUGCGUGCGCUCUUUCCUGCUCUAGCCCGGGCUGUUCCACGUGAUCGGCGCAAUUCCCCCCCCCUUCUCACGUGACCGCAAACAGAAGCCGGGCAAGUUGUUGACACGUUGCCUAGCAACCGAGAGGCGUCCCUGGAAGCGUGUUGGUGUUAGCGACAAAGUGCCUGGUGAGAUGGUGGCAGAGAAAGAUGGUUCGAGCCCCCCGAAACUCACUGGAGAGAGACCUCCACAACAACAGCAGCCACUGGGGCAGCUGAGGAGAACCAAGCAGCAGGUCACCGAUGGAUUCACUGUUAAAGCCAUGAUGAGAAACACUGUGGUAAGAGGACCCCCAGUUGCAGGAGCAUUUAAAGAAAGACCAACAAAGCCUACAGCAUUUCGCAAGUUUUAUGAGCGAGGAGACUUCCCAAUUGCCCUUGAGCAUGAUUCGAGAGGAAAUAAAAUAGCCUGGAAGGUGGAGAUUGAGAAACUGGACUAUCAUCACUAUCUGCCUCUGUUUUUUGAUGGGCUUUGUGAAAUGACAUUUCCCUAUGAGUUUUUUGCUCGGCAAGGAAUCCACGACAUGCUGGAACAUGGGGGAAACAAGAUUCUCCCUGUCAUUCCUCAGCUCAUUAUCCCAAUAAAAAAUGCACUGAACCUUCGUAACAGACAGGUCAUCUGCAUCACGCUCAAAGUCCUCCAGCACCUGGUGGUGUCAGCUGACAUGGUGGGGGAAGCCUUGGUGCCCUAUUAUCGUCAAAUCCUCCCCAUCCUAAACAUCUUUAAGAAUAUGAAUGUUAAUUCAGGAGACGGUAUUGACUACAGCCAGCAGAAGCGUGAAAAUAUUGGAGAUUUGAUUCAAGAGACACUGGAAGCCUUUGAGCGCUAUGGUGGAGAAGACGCUUAUAUAAACAUUAAAUACAUGGUCCCUACCUAUCAAUCGUGCUUGUUAAACUAACAGAUAGGACAGUUAUGUCAACAGGGGUGAUUCCAUUUGUAUUCUCAAAGGCUACAUCCAAUUCUGUAUAAUAUCUUGUUAUUCACGCUUUCUUUCUCUACAGCUGCUAAAGUAGUGGCUUCUGGACCAUUAGACUGCUAGCACUAUUGUGAACAAGUCUUUCCAAUACAUAAAUAGUGCCUGUUCCUUAGAUUACAAUGGUGUACUGUGCUUAUUUGUUCUGCGAAAGAAUUACUUCUUUAUAACAGAGCUGACUGGAGCAAGAGUCAGAGUUAAACCUUCAGUUGUGUAGACAAUAAAACCAUAAUUUUCAUACGCAAUUCA